GCUGCUGCUCGCCUCCUCCUCCUCUCCAGGUGCUGCGGUCUCGCAGCCCUCUGCUUGUCUGUAACAUAUUUCAUUUGGAGGAGGCAUGGCGCUGGAUAUGUUUCACGCCUGGAGAUAGCCCAUGAGAAGACCUGGAUCAUUCUUCUUCUGUUUCUUCUCACCCAGUAACCUCACGGACUAAUGUGGCUUCUACUGCUGAGCCUGAUUCUCCGGCACUGGAUCUACACCGUGGAGGGAUCAUGCUCAAUUGUGAGCGCUGUGACCUGUGAUGAGUGUCUGCAGCUUAGUCCUCAUUGUGCCUGGUGUACUCAGGAGAAUUUCACAGACUGGGUUUCAGUCUCAGGGAGAUGUGACACAUCGGAUAACUUGCUAGAAAAAGGAUGCUCAAGGGACCAUCUCCAUUACCCCGUUUCCGAAAGCCAAAUCCUCCAAGAUCGACCACUCGGGAAGAACACAGACGAUGCAAACACCACUCAGAUCUCCCCACAAAAAAUGUCCCUCAAGCUGCGACCAGGCAGUGAGGAGAUUUUUCAGGUUAGGGUUCAACACACAGAGGAUUAUCCAGUAGACAUGUACUACCUGAUGGACCUGUCAGCCUCCAUGAUUGAUGAUCUUCAGAUGAUCAAAGACUUGGGCUCCUCUCUGUCCAGAGAGAUGUCCAAACUCACCAGUAAAUUUCGAAUGGGCUUUGGCUCCUUUGUGGAAAAGCCCGUCCUUCCCUACAUCAAGAUUACUGAGGAAAGUCUGGCCAAUCCCUGCAGUGACGUGGGACAAUCUUGUCUCCCAACAUUUGGCUACAAACACGUCUUGUCUUUGACAAGUAGAACCAGCAGUUUCAAUGACAUAAUCGCAAAGCAACGUGUGUCCGCUAAUAUAGAUAAUGUGGAAUGUGGUUUUGAUGCUAUCAUGCAAGCAGCAGUUUGUGGGGACAAGAUCGGUUGGAGGAAUGAUUCCAUGCGUCUGUUGGUGUUUGUCAGUGAUGGGGACUCUCACUUCGGGAUGGACAGCAAAUUGGCCGGGAUUGUGAUUCCUAAUGACGGUCAAUGUCAUUUGGAUGCAAAUAAUGAAUAUUCCAUGUCCACAAAGCAGGAGUAUCCAACUCUCGGUCAGCUCAUUGAUAAAGUGGUCGAGAACAACAUCCUCCUGAUAUUUGCUGUGACAGAGAAGCAAAUAAAUAAUUACAAGAACUAUGCAAAUCUCAUACCUGGCGCCACAGUUGGAGUCCUGGCAACAGAUUCGGGAAACAUCCUGGAACUGAUUGUAACAGCUUACAAGGAGCUGCGUUCAGAGAUUGAACUUGAGGUUCUCGGAGACACAGAGGAGCUUCAAAUGUCCUUUGCAACUAUUUGUCCAAAUGGUACGGUCUUUCCUGAUCUAAAACUGUGCUCCAACAUCAGACCAGGCGAGACGGUUGUGUUUAACGUGUCUGUGGGGCUCUCAGGAUGUCUGUCAGGAGUUCGGCACUUCUCCCUCAAACCAGUGGGCUUGCAGGACAGCUUGGAGGUGGAACUUGAGUCUCUUUGUUCCUGUGACUGCCAGCAGCCUUCUACAGCAAACAACAGCCAGUGCACAGAAGGCCAGGGGGUUUACCACUGUGGCGUGUGCAUGUGUCAGCCAGGGUUUCUAGGAGCCCAGUGUGAAUGCAAUGAGGAGGCUGUUUUGUUGAGUAACUGCUUCUCGAACAAUGAAUCUGAGAUAUGCAACAGUCAAGGGGACUGUUACUGCGGACAGUGUGUGUGUCAUGCAUCCAGCUUCGGCCGGAUCUACGGACCUUACUGCGAGUGUGACAAUUACUCCUGUGUUCGCUUCCGAGGAGAACUCUGUGGAGGUCAUGGAGUGUGUGACUGCGGGGAGUGUCACUGUGAACGGGGCUGGACGGGGGAAUACUGCAACUGCAGCACCAGCUCCAAGGCAUGCAUGUUGGAGGACGGCAGCCUCUGCAGUGGCAGGGGGAAAUGCAUGUGCGGCCAGUGCAUCUGCUCUGUUCCUGGGGCGUCUGGAGAAAAGUGUGAAAGGUGCCCAACAUGUGGAGACUCCUGCAGCUCGGCAAAGGCCUGUGUGGAGUGUCAUCUGCUUGGGAAGGAUGACUUUGGGUUGUGUGAUCAAAACUGCAAUGCUGCUAAAAUAUCCAUAAACACAACCGCAGAUUAUGACAAGAGCUCUUCCGUGGAAUGUACGUUCAUGAUGAAGAACGAGUGCGAGGUGUCGUUUCAUGUCGCAGAGAGUGAGACUGGACCUAUCGCCUACAAUCUCCACAUGUACAGAUGCCCGGAGCCCCCCAACAUCCCCAUGAUUAUUCUAGGGGUCUCCCUUUCUGUUGUGUGUAUUGGCAUGAUCCUGUUGGCUGUGUGGAAGGCACUGGUGUCGGUGCAUGACCGAAAAGAGGUGGCAAGGUUUGAAGCUGAGCGGGCAAAGGCAAAAUGGCAGACGGGGACCAACCCUCUUUUCAAAAGCUCCACAUCUACAUUCAAAAAUGUAACUUAUAAGAACACACAAAGAAAGGACUGUACAAUAAAUCACUACUGAUGAUAAACAGGAGGCAGAGAAAGUCACCUGAGUGCACUUGAUUGCAUGCAACUGUCUGUGUGAAUGGGUGUGUGUGAGAAAGAAAUGUUAUAUAUGUGAAAAUAAUUUUUGUGUCAAUUCAGAUAUAGUGUAAGACAGUGGAAAAACAUGACAAAUUAACUGCUGUAAAAGUGCACUGCUGGUAUCGUACUAUAAGACACUGAACGUCAAUGUUUUGCAGCUGGGUAAAGAGGGAUCUAUACAACAAGUGGCUGACUACUGAAAAAUAAUUCAAAUAUAUGUAAAUAUGUUGAUGUUUUUAUGUUUUUUUGUGUUUGUUGUUUUAUUAUAAAGUAAGGCUGAGCCUUCAAUAAUGAAACUUUUGAGUUGGGUUAUUUUGUUGUAAAUGGCAAACAAAUCAAAGAGUUUACUGUGAAUUUGAUUUGAUUCAGUUUUUAAUGAAUGUAUGUCCUUGAUAGUGCUUGACUGCAACAAAGGUUAAAGUUUGGUCAUGUAAAAUCAGCAGCAUUGUGGUAUUCUCUAGUCACACUGUUGCUGAAAUAUUGAUAUAUUUAAGGUAACUUUUUUUUUUAGCAUUUCACCGUCUUGGCAAUACUUUUUUCUUCCUCUGCUUCUGGACUUGUUUUUCAGGGGAUUAUUGGUAAAAUCUUGUUUUAACAUGUUCAUAUUUUUCAGCAUUGUGUUUACCUAAAUAAAGUUGGGUUUCUUCCUAUUAUUUCAGACAGAAAAGCUGGGUAAGAACAGAACUCAUGACAGCCGAGUGGUUCAAUGUGCAAAAUAUGACAGAACUCUUAUUGCUACAUUUAUUGAACUAGAUCCAUCCAUAGCAUCCCAUCAAUGGUUUGUUCCUUUUAAGCACGUUUGGAUAACAAUAAAACACAUUUUUGCAGUAAAAUAUUA